AUGGAGGAAGAAGGGGUAGAGGUGCAGAAGUAUGCUCCAGCUAGCGAGGAGCAUCUGUCUCCAGAGCUACAGGAAUGGGCACCAUAUUCACCAAAACGGUCUGCUAGGCACAGUGACGGCUUUGUGCCAGCUGCCUUAUAUGCUGGUGGCGUGUCAGCUGGUACAGUACCAAGAAGCUUAGCACCAUGCCCUGCAGUAACUGCUGUCAUGAGAAAUCCAAUCUAUACUGCCUGGAGCCAUAGAGUUCACACCAGCAAUUGUCCAUCAGUCGCCAGCCAAAUAUGCCAUCAGCAUCUGCAUCCCAGUUCCCAGCAUCAAGGUCGCCUCAGUUUGGACCUAAGUCAUAAACACUCCAAUGACUACUCUGAAAAUGUACAUACAAGAGCAUCUCAUGGCUCAAAUUCAUUACCAUCCAGUGCAAGACUUGGUUCUUCGAGUAACUUGCAAUACAGAACAGAACGAAUUAAGAUCCCUUUAACACCAAGAUAUCCAAGGUCCAUUGUGGGCUCUGACAGAGGCUCCUUGUCACACUCUGAAUGUAGCAGUCCCAGCUUGAUAACUCCUCCACAGUCACCUCUUAACUUGGAAACAUCUUCCUUUGCCAGCAGCCAGUCUCAGAACUCCCUUUCUACAUUACCUAGGAUUUCCAUUAGCCCAGUAUCUAUUGGAGAACGUAGAAAAGAUAGGCCCUACAUGGAAGAGCCACGUCAUGUUAAAGUGCAGAAGGGUUCUGAGCCACUAGGGAUUUCCAUUGUGAGCGGAGAAAAUGGUGGAAUAUUUGUCUCUAAAGUAACAGGUGGGAGCAUUGCCCAUCAAGCUGGCCUUGAGUAUGGUGAUCAGUUACUAGAGUUUAAUGGAAUAAAUUUGAGAAAUGCCACGGAGCAACAGGCUCGACUCAUCAUUGGACAGCAGUGCGACACCAUUACUAUUCUGGCUCAGUAUAACCCACAUAUGUAUCAGCUUGGCAAUCAUUCGCGAUCAAGUUCUCGCCUAGAACCUGUGAGUAAUCAUUCCACCCCUCAAGGCAGUGGAGCUGCAACGCCUGACAAUCAUUCCGUAAUAGAUACUGUGAGUGAACAGGAUGAAGGAACAAUGACACCCACAUCCAAACAAACCACGCCAACUACAAGUCCCCGGAAUUCCUUAAGGGGCCCUGUGGACACAAACAAAAGAACUCCUGAACCUAGAACUGUUGUUGUUAAAAAAUCCCAAGUGGAUCUAGGGAUCCAGAUAUGUGGUGGAAACCUGUAUGGAAUAUUUGUCUCAGAUGUAGAUGAUGAUAGCCCAGCAAAAGGACCUGAUGGACUAGUCUUGGGUGACAUGAUACUUGAGUAUGGGUCCAUUGAUAUGCGAAAUAAAACAGCUGAGGAAGCUUAUCUUGAAAUGUUGAAGCCUGGAGAAAACAUCAAAAUAAAGACUCAAUACAGAAUAGAAGAGUUUAAUAAGAUAAAAGAGCUUCCUGGAGAUGGAUUCUAUAUCAGAGCACUUUAUGACCGUUUAGCAGAGGUGGAACAGGAUUUAACCUUUAAGAAGGAUGACAUUUUGUAUGUUGAUGACACUCUACCACAGGGAAACUUCGGUUGCUGGAUGGCUUGGCAGCUAGAUGAGAAUGCUCAGAAGCUGGAAAGAGGACAGAUUCCAAGUAAAUAUAUGAUGGAUCAGGAAUUCUGCAGGAGGCACAGCAUGUCUGAGGCUAAAGAUGAAAACAGCUCAUCUAAGACAUUGUCAGCAGCAGCCCGGAGGUCAUUCUUCAGAAGAAAGCAUAAACACAAGCGAAGUGGUUCCAAAGAUGGAAAGGAUUUACUGGCUCUUGAUACAAUCAGUACAGACUCAAUUCCUUUCUUGGAUGAUUCUGCAAGUCUGGCAUAUCAGCGUGUACAGAAAGUGGACUGUACCUCUCCUAGACCUGUCCUUAUUCUAGGACCUUUACUUGAUGCUGUGAAAGACAUGUUGGUCAAAGAAUCCCCUGGAAAAUUUUGCAGAUGUCCUCUUGAGGUUAUGAAAGCUUCCCAACAAGCUAUUGAACGGGGCGUGAAGGAUUGCCUGUUUAUUGAUUACAAACGGAGGAGUGGACAUUUUGAUGUGACAACUGUAGCUUCAAUAAAAGAGAUAACAGAAAAGGAUUGUCAUUGUCUGCUUGACAUCGCUCCUCAUGCCAUCGAACGGCUCCACAGUGUUCAUAUCUACCCUAUUGUAAUUUUUAUUCGCUACAAAAAUGCUAAACAAAUCAAAGAGCAAAAAGACCCAAUCUUCCUGAGGGACAAAGUUACACAAAAACAUUCCAAAGAACAGUUUGAGACAGCUCAGAAAAUAGAACAAGAGUAUAGCAGGUACUUUACAGGCAUUGUCCAGGGAGGAGCCCUUUCAAGCAUUUGCACUCAGAUUAUGACAACCGUCAAUCAAGAACAAAACAAAGUCCUGUGGAUCCCAGCUGGCCUGCUGUAGAUUUGUGUCGCUGUGAAACUACUUUGCAAAUGUAGAUAACCAACUAAGUUUCUAUCCGACGGACUCUGUCCAUUUCUGUCUUUAUAAAGAUAUCCGUAAGUGAUUUCUGUUUCAUGAAGGGGAAUGAUAACACUGAACAUGCAAAGACCCAACGAGGCAUGUGCGAAGGGGUAGAUCCUUUCACCGAGCUUGUCUCUUACGUCGUACGUGUACACAGGACAGGUUGUCACGAGGGGUUGCAACCUGUGUGUACCUGUCCACAAGUAAUGAAUUUAACAAUGCUGCAAAACCCUGUAGAAUCACAAGUUUACAAAAACCUUUUCAGAGUAUUUGGUUGUUGCUGUUUACUUGAAUGUCUUGUUUUGUUUUGUUUUUUUUUAACUCUGUCCUUUCACUUAAUGAGGUAACUCUCCAAAACAGAGUGAAAUUUCUGAAGAUGAGUGAAUGGUGUUAUGCACAAUGUGACUCUUAGUUGCAAUUUUGACCAUUUCUAAGCACAUUGUUGACCUGACAACCAGGUAAUAAUGCGGGAUUUAAUCGGUACGUCUCAGGAGUAAGCUCAGAAGGAAGUACACUCCUCUACAGGGCAGACCACUGUUUGUAUCCUGUCAAUGCUUGUCUGUCAAAGAUAUUGUUUCUUGUUUUAUGCAUGAAUCUAAUACUUAAACAUCAUAAUAUAUCUGAACAAUUCAAGCUUAACACGUGUUGAGAAAUA